CUGCUGUGGGGCGUCAUACAGAUACACUGUGUCAGAUUCAACGCCCGUGACGCUGCUGCUGUUAAAAAGUUGUAAAUGAAGCAGUCAGAGAAAAAAGUGGGCGUUUCUGUCGAUUUGCACUGAAGCAUGGAUUAUGAGAGGAGGGGUGGUCGUGGUGACCGCAUGGGUCGCUAUGGGAAAGAGUCCGAUGAUCACGACUACAGGGACAUGGACUAUCGUGGCUAUGGGCAAGAAAAUAGACUGAAUAGUAACUUAACAAAUGUAAGACAGCACGAGCCUGAUAGUAGUUUUGAAGGUUUGAGAGAUUUUGCCUCGGGUAAUUUCUCAAAUAAUCGACCAAUAUUCAGACAAAAGGAAAACCAUGGAUCCAAAAACAGCCAACUUGGAAAAAGUCCCCUCCAAAGUCCCCCAAAUGAGAAUAUCCACUCGAGACUCCAGCAAGAUGAUAAGGAUUAUGAGUUUGACCCAGAGACUGAUGCACACAGGAGAGAUAUGCAGAUAUUUAUAUCAGGACAGAAGGUCUAUCAGGAUGAACAAACCCCAGAUGAGGGUGAAGAAAAUGAGGACAGCACCUGGGGCAGAGUUAGAGGGAGGCACAACUCUCCAGGCGAAUACAGUGCAGAAUGGAAAACUGAGGAAGACAAACAUAUCAGACAUACUGCACACAAACAAGGGUUUCCUGGCCAAUCCCAACUAGCUAGGAACAAAAUGAGAGAUGGAAGCUUUCAUCAUGCUCUGGAAAUAAGCCAGGAGGAGCCAGAACCCUGUGACCAGGACUACAGGUCUGAUACAGAACCGGUCCAAAAACCCAGCAACAUUGUCAUGCUGAGAAUGCUCCCACCAAAUGCAACUGUUAACGAGAUUCGGGCUCGACUGCAGGAGCAAGGGAUCCAGCCCAGAGAGGUUCGCCUCAUGAGGAACAAGUCUUCAGGUCAGAGCAGAGGAUUCGCCUUCGUCGAGUUUAAUCACUUGCAGGAGGCCAGCCGCUGGAUGGAGACCAACCAGAGAGUGCUCUCUAUAUUGGGACAGCGAGUCUCUAUGCACUACAGUGACCCAAAGCCUCGUGCUAAUGAAGACUGGCUCUGCAAUAAGUGUGGAGCGCAGAACUUCAAACGAAGAGAAAAGUGUUUCAAAUGCGGAGUUCCAAAAUCAGAGGCUGAGUUGAAAUAUAGUUUACCUCUGGGGCAGUUAAAGGACUCAGCUCAGGGUUUACUGCCCCUUCCAGCCAUAUACCAGACAGCAGCUCCACUAAUCAACUUCAGUUCCUCGUCCUCGGCUGCAGAGGUGGCCAAUGACACCUUGAUUUUGAGGAAUCUGGGACCGCAUACAACACUGGAGGCCAUUUUGUCUGCUCUGGCCCCGUUUGCUACUCUCUCACCUUCAAAUGUACGGCUCAUCAAAGACAAACAGACGCAGCUCAACCGAGGGUUUGCUUUUCUGCAACUCACUACUAUUGUGGAGGCUUCUCAGCUUCUUCAGAUCCUCCAGUCCCUGCGGCCUUCUCUCUCUAUCGAUGGAAAGCUCAUUUCUGUGGAGUUUGCUAAGGGCUCCAAACGUGAUGUUUUUCUGACGGAUGGGAAUCGGGUGAGUGUGGGGUCAGUAGCGAGUACAGCUAUAGCUGCAGCUCAGUGGGCCGUCACUCAGACGAGCCAGCUCUCUGCAGCAGCUCAGAGCGGUGAUGUCAGUGUGCACCAGCAGGGGGCGGCAGCAGCUGUGUUUGGGCAGGAGCCCGUGCAGGUCUUCAGUGCAGAGGCGCAAGCCUUUAAAGGGCCAGUGCCUGCGCUACUGACCAGCCACACAACAUUAGGUGCUACUGAUGGAGGAACAGCCUGUACAGGAGAAAGAGGUGCUACCUCCAUAUUGGCGCUUGCAGCAUCCCAGACCACUACAGCCUCCACACAAGCCCAUCAGGCCCUGGUGGAAAUCAUUGGGAAACCUCAGCCUGCUACCCCAAACCAGCCUGCCACACCUGGAACCGCUCUGGAGUGCCAGCAGUACCCUGAUCCUGACGUAUCCACGUACCAGUACGAUGAGAGCUCUGGCUAUUACUACGACCCUCUUACAGGCCUCUACUAUGACCCAAAUUCACAGUACUACUAUAAUCCCCAUACGCAGCAGUACAUGUACUGGGAUGGGGAAAGACACACGUAUGUUCCUGCCCCGUCACAGACGUCCGAUGACCCCACAGGAGCGACCUCUGACCCUACAGGUGCUCCCAACAGCAGCAAGGACAAGAAGGACAAGCCCAAGAGUAAGACGGCACAGCAGAUCGCCAAAGACAUGGAGCGCUGGGCCAAAACUCUGAACAGGCAGAAGGAGAAUGGGCGAGCACUGAGCACUAACUCUCGACUGAUGGCCCAGGGGAGAUCUGAUGACCGACGGGAAUCUGCCAGCGCUGAUGCAGGCUACGCUGUCCUGGAGAUGAAGGGGGCCCUUCUGGAGAGACCGCAGAUUCUGCUGGAACAGAUCAAACAUCCCGAAGAAAGAGAAAGUCCUCCUCAGGGUCUGGUGGCAGGAUACAGUGGAGAGACAGACAGCGAGGAGGAGGCCGGAGAGAGAGAGGAGAGACUGACAUACUGGUCCAAGCUGGCCUGUCUGCUGUGCAGGAGACAGUUCCCCAGUAAAGAGGCUCUGAUCAGACAUCAGCAGCUCUCUGAGCUACACCGGCAAAACCUGGAGCAGAGGAGAGCCAGAGAGACUCAGUCAGACACACAAGAGCAAUCAGAAACUGAGCUGAAAUACAGGGACCGGGCAGCAGAAAGAAGAGAGAAAGGGGCAAUCCCACAAGCACCAGAUGCAAAAACGAGGAAAUUCAGCCCUGUCAGUGGCGUGGGAUCUCAGAUGUUUCCUGGAAGGAUGGAAAAAGGCUUUUUCGCUCGAAACCUGCCAGUGGAAUAAUACUGGUCUUUGGGUUUCCUUCAGUGCUAAACAAAAUGCCUUGUGAGCAGUUUUUAAUCAUAUGCUGCAGAACACGUGCAGCUAAGAGACCAUCGUCAGGAUUUGUCACAAAGAUGACAAUGAUGAAUAUCAAAUAUAUCUUACUUUAUGGGAUUCAGGUUAAUAAUAAAAAACAAAACAAACAAAAACCUCAGGACCCUGAGAAAUACAAAAAAAGCUUCUAAUGAUAGCACACUGUUACUGUAAAUACAGUCCAACUAUGUGACAUUUGUGGACUUUAGCCCAUUGUUGGCUUCCCGGAAAGCCAUUUGUGAAUAUUUAUUGAUGGCAUGAAUUUGUGAAACAUUUUGCCUUUCUGGGAAGCUGUGAAAAUGACGUCAGGGUGGAAAACUGGGAUCAUUCGGAAACAAUUUCAUGUAGUUUCUUCAUCUUAAUACAUCUUUUUUGUCCCUUUUAAGUGUGAU